AUGUCUGAUAAGGGAAACAGCAAGCCUGUGAAGAACGCACUUGAGGAUGAGGAUGAGUUUGAAGACUUUCCUGUGGAUUCGUGGCCAGCAAGCGAGACUGUACAGGCGUUUAAAGAAGGCGACAGCUGUCUUUGGGAGGAAGAUUGGGAUGACGUAGAGGUCGAAGACGAUUUCACGAAGGAACUAAAGAGAGAGCUGGAGAAGAAUAAACAGUGA